AUUUGCUAAUUCAACAUUUUCCCGAGAAAUACAAGGAGAAAGAAUCGGACUCAAACCCUAAUUCGACAGCUCUCGUCCUCUAAAAAGGAAAAGCACACAUUCACCCUUCUCUGCAUAUUUAUAACCCCUAAAUCCACACUCAUUUUCAAAACACAAACAAGACUCAUUCACAAGGAAUAAACAGCAACAGCAACGACAACAACGACAAAAGAAGGGGGAAAAAAACCAAACAUCAAAAAAAAUGAAGCAAUCACUUGUCCUCGCGAUCUCCUUAUUGGUGGCGCUGGUAUCGUCCUCGUCCAUCGCUCCAAUCCACGGCCGGCAAAAUUCUCAGGCGAAACCUCCGGCGAUGCCUCCGGCAGUGUCUCCGGCGCCAGGGCCGUCGAACUCCGACUGUUCGACCAUCAUAUUCAACAUGGCGGACUGCCUAUCGUUCAUAAGCGAGGGAUCGACGGAUCCCAAACCGACGAAAUCGUGCUGCGACGGUAUGAACUCGGUCCUCGAGUACAAUCCCAAGUGCAUUUGCGCCGGUUUAGACAGCGGCCGACAGAUGGGCAUCCAACUGAACAACACUAGAGCCGUUUCCAUGCCGUCUCUUUGCAAAGCCACCAUCACUCCUCCCGACUGCGGCAUCGCAAGUGCGGGUCCUUCUCCGAGUUCUCCCAAUGCAUCUCCAUCUGCUCCGACUCCGUCAACUCCGCCGUCAGCGGAGGCACCGGGGGGUUCCGAGGCGGUGCCCGAGGCACCUACACCAGCUCCGGUCACGGAAGAGACAACAACUCCUCCGUCGUCCGCCGCCAGAACCAUGUCGGUUUCCGUACUGUUCCUCGUCGCCAUGACCCUCUUCUCUUUUUCUUAAUUAAAUUAGAAACUUUUUUUUUUUUAAUUUUUCUGUUGGUAUCCGUUUUUUUUAUAUAUGGGAUUGUGGACCAAAAUAAUUUGUGAUGGCUAUGGAUAUGCAGACCGAUGACGUUUUAUAUUUGUUAUUUCUUUAAUUUAAUGGAAAUGUCGUGUUCGUCUCUGAUUGGUGUAUUUUGGUUUCGGUACAAGUGAUAUUUCUAUGAAAUUGUUAUUUGCACUUGUAAGCCCACUUUCUUAACCGACAAUCCCAAAAUUCAAUUUA